AUUGGCCAGAGGGGAGAGGAGGAGUCGAGGUGGGCGGGCCCCUCCUGGGGGCCUCUGUGCCUGGGCAGGGAGGCCCCAGCUCACUCGGCUCCUGGACGGAGGUGGAGACGUGGCAGAGGCAGCGGCAGCAGCACCCGGUGGGCCAUGGCGGAGGACGGGCCGAAGCAGCCGCAGAUCAGCAUGCCGCUGGUGCCGGACGAGGCCCUGACCAAGCAGAUGCGGCUGCGGGUGGAGAGCCUGAAGCAGCGCGGGGAGAAGCGCCAGGACGGGGAGAAGCUGCUGCGGCCGGCGGAGUUCGUGUACCGCCUGGACUUCACCCAGCAGCAGAAGCUGCAGUUCGAGCGCUGGGACGUCCUGCUGGACAAGCCGGGCAAGGUCACCGUCACGGGCACUUCCCAGAACUGGACGCCCGACCUCACCAACCUCAUGACGCGCCAGCUGCUGGAGCCCGCGGCCAUCUUCUGGCGCAUGGAGGGCUCGGACGCCGUGGAUUGGAACGAGGCCGACGCCCUGGAGUUCGGGGAGCGCCUGUCGGAGCUGGCCAAGAUCCGCAAGGUCAUGUACUUCCUCAUCACCUUCGGCGAGGGCAUGGAGCCGGCCAACCUCCAGGCCUCCGUGGUCUUCAACCAGCUCUGAGGCCGCUGCCCGGGGCGCCCCCUGCCCCCGCCCGCCCGCCCUGCCCCCUGCGCUGCCCCCAGAUGUGUAUUGGGGACCUGUGUUAGUGGCUGCGCUCAGCUUGUGCAGGACCCCCAGGCCUAUGUCCUUCCGCUUCUCCUUGCCUGAUGCCGGCGCUCCAGAAGCUGGACCGGCUGCCGCUGCUCCUGCUGUAGACCCGGAGGCCAGGCCGGGGCCAGCGUGCGAAGAUGGAGCGUCCGUGGGCACCUGCCUUCUCUGUGCCUCACCGUCGGAGAGAGACUGAGGGAGACCGAGAGGGACACCACAGACACAGACAGGAUCCAAAGAGCCAGCCAGCGGCGUCCUCUGCAGACGGGGAGAUGGAGACGGAAGCGGGUCCCCGGGGAAGCCAGCAAGCCACGUCCGGGAAGGCGCUGCUCCUGGGCUGGCCUGUGUGGGCACCUCGGGCCCUCAGGACAUUGGGGCGGGAGGACUGGCUGGCACGCGGGAGGCGCUGCAGGCCUUGCUCUUCUGAGAGUGACUUCAGGAGGGAGAAGUGAAGGAGCAUAAAGUCGUGUAGAGAUGUACCUGUCUAUCCAUAUAGGUAUACACGGAGAGAGCACGCUGCCUUCCUAGGGGUGUAUCCUGGAGUCUACUACGCCUGCCCCGUGCUCAAACCUGACUUGAGAUGACCUGGGAUAGAAUUGCCGGCAGGUUCACGCCUGGGCUUGGUCAGCGUGACCUCAGGGCGGGGGCUUCCGGAGCCGGGAGGCGCUGAGGUUCGGACAGUGAUCGGGGAACAGAGUAGAAUAGGGGUUUCCCUCUGCCUGGGCGAGGGGGGUGGAGGGGUGCAGAGCCCUGGAGCUGGGAUGGUAGGUUCAGGGGCCUCGGGUGUUCCCAGCUCACCGGCCAGCAGAGGUGAGUGUGCCACCUCUGUGCCGUCUCCGGCAUCUUUAGUGGAGCUGAGGGGUGGGGGCGGCCUGCUGGGGCAGCGGUGAUGGCCGACGGUCAGAAACAGACUGCAGGGGGCCACUAGUGUGGUGGGAGGACAAUCCUCCCACCAGAGAACUCGAGACACCAUGAUCAGCAGACUCAGCUCCACCCACCAAGCCUCGCGCCCGGCACAGGCCCAGUGAGCCCCUGAGAAGGAGGGGUCUGACCCGCCUGGUGCCCCCAACACCCUGCCACAGGCCAGCCUGGCUUUUGUCAGGGACGUGCCCCCGACAUUCCCUCACAAAGCGGAGCCUUUGGGGGCCACAGGUCCUGGGAACAGAUCCACCGAGAGAUGGAGGUCAGCCCUCCCCUCUGGCCGGGGCUGCUGGCAGGCGGGCCCCCACUCCGGAGGUGUGGGGGGAAGUCUGGAUUCUUCGGGUGGGAGACUGGCUGUGGUGUGGGCUCCGGUCCUUCCUCACUCAGCUCCGGGCAGUUUGGGAUGUGCUUAAAGUCCUGGCAUUGCCUGCUUUGCUUCCCCUGGGGCUGGCCCUGCCCCCUGCCUCUUUGCUUGCCCUCUUCUGCAGCUCUGGGGACCCUCUUUUGCAGACUGACUGCCUGUACCCCCACCCUGCCCUGUGCGUGGCCCCAAUAAAGCCUGUGAGCCCUGCCUCCGUGGUGUGCAGUCUCUCGCCGUGAGCCCCCUC